AGUCAUAUCACGUCAACCAACACUUAUAACCAUCCCCCCAUUUCCUUCUCGCCCUGCCUGAAACACAUCCUGCCUGAUCCAGCCGACUUGCUCCCACCCCGCUCUGAUCAUCAUUCCCCUUUCUUGUUGCAGCCUAAUGGAUGGAUCAUGGGACCCAAUCAUGAGCUCCUUUUCUGGGUACCUCCCGCUUCCCGACGCGCCUUUUAUACUCCUUGGACGUCAUUGGUGAUACCCAGAGGAUAUCCUGAGCUUUAUUUGAGCUGCAUGGCGCAUGGGACGCGCUGGUCGAGUUGCCGAGAUGUCUCUACGUAACGAUGAUUUUAUUGCUGCAAUAUUGAGUGUACUAUUUGAUUCUAUGAUUCCUUUCCUAUUUAUACCUAGC